AAAAAAAUAAGGAUAAACGAGAAUUUUGAAGCAAAAUGAGUUUUCAACAAAAUAGAUUUUGGUUUUUGGUGUAACAUUAAAAAUUACAGCAAAUACAGAAGAUUUUUACAGGAGAUUAUAUAAUUUUUUUUAGGUUUAUUGUAUUACGUAGACUGAUGUUCAUGUUGUCUCUUCUAUAUCUUCUUCGCUCUGUCACUAUGUUUGUCACUGUGUUGCCCACAUCUAGUACCACUUAUUAUUGUUCGCCCAAAGCCAACUCGACAAAUCCAGUACUGAUUGCUAGACGUGUGUUCCAGUUAUUUUCUGGUUUUGGUUUGUCAAUCAAUGGCAAGCACACAUUUUGUGGCGAUUAUAUAUAUAGCGGACAUACAACAAUUUUAGUGAUGAGCUACUUAAUUACCGUUGAAUACUCUCCCAGACGAUGGUAUUUAUUGCAUUGGGCUUCAUGGUUGAUGGCAGCUGUUGGAGUAUUAAUGGUACUCAUAGCACACGGUCACUAUACUAUCGAUGUGAUUAUAGCAUACUUGGUUACUACACGACUGUUUUGGAUAUACCAUACAUUAGCUAAUAAUGUGUAUCUAAAAGUAUGUUAAUUUUAAUUGAUCUGAUAGUUUAUGGAAAAUUUGUAAUUUUUAAUACUAAACUUACUAAUACUCAACAUACAGUAGGUACCACUAAUAAAAAAUGUAUUACUAAAAUCUUGUAGUAAUAUACAUAAGUUAUUAAAUAUCUUUACAAAUGAGGCUGACACAUCGUCUCCAGCACAAAGCUAAUGGUGGGAGGGCUAAAGGUGGAGAACCCGACCCACCUACUUUCGUUAACCCAAUUGGAAUGACCUAUAUUUUGAAGAAAAAAAUUACUUAACACAAAUUGCACGUAAAAUAUUAUUACGUACAAAUUAUAUCAAAAUUUAAAAUAAUACAACCAGAAAAUAUUGACCCGCCCAACGAAUAUUUUCUAUCAACGUGCCUACAUUGUCUUCGCUUAGAAUCGUUCUUUUUUGUGCAAUGAUUUGUCAUUGAAUUGAAAUAGUUUAAUACAUCCAUUAUAGUGUACUCCAUUUAUUAUUACAGCAUUUUUAUUAGUAUUUAUUAUUACUCAUUUACUCUAUUUAUUAUUUACAUUACAUACAGUGCUCUAUCAUUAGAUACUCCUACUUAUAACCUACUCAAAAUAUUUAGAGUAUAUCUUGUCACUUUAAACUUAGUACUUACCUUACGGCUUACUGUACUCAGAGUGACUUAACCGUUUUAUUUAUUAAAUAUUAAAACUUAAUUUUAAAUUUAGAAAAAACGUG